UAUUGAGAGCAAACACGAAGUCACAAUCUUAGGAGGACUCAAUGAAUUUGUUGUGAAGUUUUAUGGACCACAAGGAACACCAUACGAAGGUGGAGUAUGGAAAGUUAGAGUCGACCUUCCUGAUAAAUACCCUUUCAAAUCCCCAUCUAUAGGAUUCAUGAAUAAAAUUUUCCAUCCCAACAUUGACGAAGCGUCAGGAACUGUAUGUCUAGAUGUAAUCAAUCAAACUUGGACAGCUCUCUACGAUCUCACCAAUAUAUUUGAAUCGUUCCUGCCCCAGCUGCUGGCCUAUCCUAACCCUAUAGAUCCUCUAAAUGGUGACGCUGCAGCCAUGUACCUCCACCGACCAGAAGAGUACAAACAGAAAAUUAAAGAAUACAUUCAGAAAUAUGCAACAGAAGAAGCACUAAAAGAACAGGAAGAAGGCACCGGGGACAGCUCGUCUGAGAGCUCCAUGUCCGACUUCUCGGAAGAUGAGGCUCAGGAUAUGGAGUUGUAGUAGAAGAGGCAACCUGCUUUUCAGAGAGACUCUAAUUUCCUAACCAUGAGAAGCAGACUAUAAUAUUCAUAUUUAAACAAAGCAAUUUUUUUUAUUACUAAACAAGGUUUUUAUGAAUAAUAGCAUUGAUAUAUAUAUAUAUCACCCUUUAGAUCUUGAUUUUCUUGGUCAUUUCUCGAACCCGAGGUGCAUAGCAUAUUCCCACAUUCCAUUUUGGUAGCAAUAUGCAGCCCGAAUGCAUGCAUUCAAAUUCCAUUUGGCCAAGUCAACUUGUGUGCUACUGAACUGUCAGCUAAAACAGCUGCCCUGGUAGGUAGGGAGUUAGCAAAAAGAUGUUUGCUUUCUUAUCGAUGUUUCCAAAGACACCACCUUGGAUGCUAACAUGGAACAGCGUUUGCUCAAAGUAUAAAAUCUGGGGGAUGAUAUACUAACCAUGUAGAUCAGACAGUGGAAUCAAAGGUGCUCCUUCAGGUCAACCUUGCUGAUCGUAUUUUACGUGGAGUCACAUUUAAAAAAAAAAAAAAAUCAAACAAUACAAAUGCAUGGAGCUAUUCAGAGCAUUGAAGCUUAAAAAUUUUGACUUGGAUUUUAAGUCCGUUUUUAUAUGUGGACUCCUGCCUGCCCUUCUGAACUGUAGGGACUGACAACCACUGGUCUAUUUGCUUUUGGGACUUUUGAAAGCCUUCAUCUGGAUGUUAUUCACUUUCUUGGUCUGGAUUACGAGCUGUUCCCUUUUCGGGAGGGGAAAAAAAAAAAAAAAAACACGAAAAAAACCCCACAAACGAUGCUCUCUUUGAUUUAGCUGGAGCACAUGUGAAGUCAAAC